GUGAUUUCGCAUCAUUUGAUCAUUUUUGUGUAUAGAACUGUAGAGAAUAGAAGUGUUCCGCCGUGCUAAGAAAAAUGAAGAAUACUAUUUGUGAAAUUUACUUAAAUCCAAAUGAAAGUUGUGAUGGAGUUUAUCACUGUGGACAAACAUUAUCUGGAUACGUGGUUUUAACCUUUUAUGAAAAGCAAAAACUCAAAGAUAUCAUCAUUCAAAUUCUUGGGAUUGGAAAGUGCGAGUGGACUGAGCAACGACGAUUAUUUCACGCAGAAGAAAUUUAUUUGAAACACGAAAUAAAAAUUUCGGAUCUAAUUGAUGGAAAUCAUAUAAUUCGAACUGGUGUUUAUACAUAUCCCUUUGAAACCAAAUUACUAGAAACAUUACCAACAUCUUGCGAAGGGAAGUACGGAUUUAUCCGUUAUUUGGCUAGCGUGAAUAUCAUUCGUCCAAAUCAACCAGUUCAAACGCAGACUAUUGCUUUUACUGUUUUAAAACCGCAUAAUUUAAAUGCAUCACCCUUGUUUCAGAGCCCAACAAAAAAGCAACAGUGUGUGAAAUUUUUCCGAUUUUUGUCGAUGACAUUGGAUAAUGUAUCUGUAACUGCAACAAUCAAACACAAUGGCUAUGCACCAGGACAAAUGAUACCACUACAAAUUGAUGUGGACAAUAAAAGCAACAAAAAUAUUUUGGAAUUUAAAGUCGAAUUGAAUAAAGUUUUUGUUUACUUUGAUACGGUUCGCAAGCAAAGUAAAAAGCAUAAAUCACCAUUAACAUCAAUAUUAUUAUCAGGUGGCUGUCCAGCAAACACGUGCGCUGUUCACAUUUCUGAGAUUUUGGUUCCACCGGUUCCGUCCACCGAUUCGGUUUCUAGCAAAAUCUUACAUAUCACCUAUGAAUUGAAGAUUUAUGGCAACUUUGGUGGUAAUACAAUGAAGCCGUUAAUCAAAUUACCGAUAACCAUUGGAACGGUGCCUCUCUACAGCACAUAUCGUUGUGUUCAUUUCGAAGAUUCAAUCGAGUCUAAUCAUAUCGUACCAUUCAAAUACGAGGCUUUGCUAGACGACUAUUUGAAUUUAGAUAAUUCAAAUAAUGAUGGAAAACAUCAAUAUGCACCGUUCUAUCCAGUGUUCACUGUCCGGCCAUCUAAACGAAGACAAAACUCUGAACAAAGUCUUGAAUCAUCUAGCGAACAAUCCAAUUCAGAAUGAUCAAGAGACAGAUUCAUGAAACAAAAAAUGGGAAUUAGUUUCGUGUCUUAUUAAUAGAAAAGCAGUGUUAAGCGCAAGCUUUCAGACAAAAAUUAUACGUGUAUAUACAUUGAUGAAUGUAGUGUAUAGUUUAUAAGCAGUAUGCAUUACGAACCGUAACGGAGGUGAUAAAUUGAAAAUCUAUUAAUUCAGUUUACCGAUAAAAUAAUUAAUUGAAAGCUUAUAUUAUUAUUUUUUAUAUUAAUAAAUUUUUUUUAAAAUCAUUUAUAAUAAAUGAAAAAAGUAAAACUCGAAUCAAAAUACAGCGACUUGGAUCAAUUGCAAAGCAAAAUGAACGAUUUUUAAAACGUUCAUUAUUUCUAUUUUCAAUAGAUGACGCCACAAUAGGAUAGAAGAACUUCACGCUGAAUACACUUACCUCCUAGUAAUAUAAUUUCACAAUGAGUAUUUUCAAAAAGUGAACAAAUAAAAGAAAAGUGAAUAUUUUUUUUAGUUUUAAGAGAAAAAUAAAAUAUUUAUUGUUUUGAAUGAUUUAAAAACAGUGAAAAAAAUAAUUAGGUUCAGUUUCCUAAAGAGAAUACAUCAAUAAAAGUUAAGAACUUGAUUUGCGUUUCCAAUGUAUAAAUAUGGUUUUGUUCCUUUGUUUAAAUAUACAAUAUGAUAAGGCAUUUUCUGUAAUUGUUUAAGAUUUUCUGCUAUUAUUUAAGAUUUUUGUAAGGUCUUUUUUUACUUUUUUUUUGUAAAUGAUGUGUAAAGAUAUUAUUCACAUUUUAAAAUUUUAUUCAGACUGAUGUUAUUAUAUGCAUAGGCUGCAAAAUGUAUCAACAUUAAUUAAAUAUUUUGACACAUAGGAAGUGUUUAAUUUAGCGAAUAUCGCUGUGAUAAUUUAGAUAAUUUCGAACAAGGUCUAUCGCUGCAAUUAUAAUAUGACCACGAAUACAAAAAAACAAUUUCACCAGGACAAACGAAUUUUCAUCCACACUAAAUCUACGUUCAAAUUAAAAUUAACAUAUGAUUUAGAGUUCUAUUUUAAUCGUUAUAUAUAUAAAUUUCGUUCCAUUUAAUAUUAAAUUUUUGUUGUUAUUUUUUUGAAAAAAUAACGACUAAAUUGUAUGUUUGUGCGAUGUUUAGUAAAUUCUAUCGUA